AUGGCGAACAACAGCAACAGUGACAUCUUAAUGCUAGAAGCUCCGCCACCGCAAGGUCCAGCAUGGCCAGGACCUUUAACCAACGCCGAAACCAUCGACGCCCUGCCGUACAUCGACGACGACUACGCCAACCCCGACGUCAAACGAGAGGUCGACCGCAUGGUGGAGGAGGAGUUGCGACGCAGCGCAAAAAAGCCCGCCGAUUUCCUCAAAGACUUGCCUCCACUUCCCAAGCCCAAUUUCCAGGAUCAUCCUAUGCUAGCUAGAGAGUACGACCGCGUGAGAGCUUCCAGGCCUCCGGCGGUUAUUGAUUUUUCCAGAGACAAAGUAGAGACGCCGCCUUUGAAUAAAAUGAAUGAUGAAACUGCUUGGAGACUUGCUCUUCAGAAAGCUCAGUGCUCUUUGCAGCACCAAGUCGUCAGGUUAGAGAAUUUGGAGCUGAUUGACAAAUAUGGUCCUGACGCCUGGAUUCAGAACAACAAUCGAUUGCAAUUGGUUUUUUCAAGAAUGCAGAAAUUAGCUCAGGAACAAUUUCAAAAGAUUGAAACAGUGAAUCGUGAAAGGAAAUAUCACCAGCAAAACACUGCAUAUGAGCUUAAUGCUCUGUCUGCCCAAUGGAAGGAGCUGUGUCAGAAGAAUAUAGAAAUCCAUGCUGCAUGUGUUAAGCUUGAAAGUCAUCUGGAUGAAUUGAGGAGGGAAGCAGCCGAGAAGGGCUGGAACUUGGAAGCCAAUGCUGAAAAUGGUUCUCUGUUGAAUUCUGAAUGA